CCUCGGAUUGAUGUCGACAUCAAACGUCUAUGUGGUGAAAUAUAACCAUCUCUGAGUUUUGUGCAGGGAUACGAAAUCAAUGACUUACCGCAGUCGAUCGCGACACUUUGUCGGCCAUGGCAACGGACAGAAGAGCUGAAUCAAGUAGCGACAGUGACGACGACGACAUUCCCGUUGAAGGGCCACAACAGACUUCGGUGACUGUCAUUCGUUUGAAGCCCAAACAUGACGGCGGAGACGGUUCGGAACCGAAAUCCUGGUGGAGGACGCGGAAAGAGCGCAUUUUUCGCAAGAAAACGCUGCACAUGCGCGUUCCAAUUCUGAAAUGGCUACCAAAAUAUUCACUCCAGGAUUUUGUGGCCGAUUUAGUGGCCGGUAUUACUGUCGGAGUCACAGUGAUCCCACAAGGUUUAGCUUACGCAACCGUGGCCGGACUUCCUCCUCAGUAUGGAUUGUACGCUGCUUACAUGGGCUGCUUUGUCUAUGCUCUACUCGGCAGCACACACGCAAUCACCAUCGGACCAACGGCUCUCAUGGCUCUCGUCACAUACGAUUCCGGCGCAUCGCAAAUGGGACCCGAAGCGGCCAUCCUACUCGCCUUCCUUACUGGAUGCAUCAUUCUCCUUUUUGGGCUUCUGAAUUUCGGUUUCCUGAUUGAUUUCAUCGCGGCUCCAGUCGUGGCCGGAUUUACAAGUGCUGCCGCCUUCACUAUCGCCACAACUCAGAUUGAGUCACUCCUAGGGCUCAAGUUUGACGCCGAAGGUUUCCUGAAUACUUGGAUCGCCGUGUUUGAACACAUCGAUGAGACCAAAACAUGGGACGCCGUUUUGGGUUUCUCUUCCAUCGCUGUUUUACUUCUCCUCCGGGUUCUGGAUCAAGUUAAAUUGGGUAAAGAAGGAGAAAGGAAACGAUGGCAAACUUGGUUCAACACGGGAUGCUGGCUGAUUUCGGUUUCCCGCAACGCAAUCGUCAUCAUCGUUGGUUCCAUCAUCGCUUACAGUCUGGCCGAGCCUGGAAAUUCCACUUUCCCUUUCACUUUAACAGGCAAAAUUCCCAGUGGAUUUCCCCCGUUCAAGGCGCCAGUGUUCUCCUUCCAAAGCGAUGACAAAAUAUAUACGUUUGUGGAGAUCUGCAGAAACCUUGGAUCCGCUCUCUACAUCACUCCACUUGUGGCCAUUCUCGAAUCGAUAGCAAUCGCUAAAUCAUUUGCUAAAGGCAAGAGAGUCGAUGCCAGUCAAGAAAUGAUUGCCAUCGGUAUGAGCAACAUUAUGGGUUCGUUCGCAUCGUCGUUCCCAGUCACCGGCUCGUUUUCGCGCACUUCAGUCAAUGCUGCCAGCGGCGUACGAACACCCUUCGGUGGACUAUACACCGCUUCCCUCGUCCUGUUGGCCAUCACGGUCCUGACGCCUUAUUUCUUUUAUAUUCCAAAGAGCUGUUUGGCGGCUGUCAUCAUUUGCGCCGUCAUCUUCAUGGUCGAAGUCCAUUUAGUGAAGAUGGUUUGGAAAUCGAAGAAAAUUGAUUUGAUUCCGUUUGGAAUCACGUUCAUCUUCUGCGUCUUUGUCGGGCUCGAACAAGGAAUUUUAAUCGGUACGGCUAUCAAUUUGGGAAUGCUGUUGUACAGCACAGCUCGACCGAGAAUCCGGAUCCACAAAAUUGAAACUUCGAACACGGAAUAUCUUAUCUUCACCCCGGAUCGCAGCUUGGUGUUUACAGCUAUGGAAUAUUUCAUGUCGAGUGUUCGCAAGGCCUCGGCGCUUUAUCCUGGGAUUAUAGUCGUCAUCGACAUGAGCCACGUUUCGGCGGCGGAUUUCACUACCGCUUACGGAUUCGACAACAUGAUCAAGAGCCUGCAGAAACACGGCCACAAACUCGUCUUGACUAAGACCAAACCAGAAAUUUUGCCCAUUUUGUCUGGCAUAGGCUGCGACCUGCACGUCCACAGCGACGGUAUGGAUCUAGACGCAUUACUUAAAGAUAUUGCUACGUUGUCUUCAACACCUAUGGUAUCAACCGCUUCGUCAUCUACUUUGUCGUCAGUUACAAUCGCCAAAACGGAUUCUCAAGUUGAAGAGACAUCAAUGAGCAUUUCGGUCGACGUCAAAAAAGUUCCAACCGCAUGAGUGUAUAGCAAUAAUUUCGCUUUAAAUUCUCUGCACGUUUUAUUAUAAGAAACAAACUGGCCUACUUUAUAAUUAUUAUAUCUUCUUGAAGAAGCAUUGUGAAAUAAUACAUCAAUAAAUUUUUAA